GGCACCCAAAGUUUGAAGAACCGCAGAAGAAAUGGAUACUCCACAAGUUUGCGAGGGCGAGGAUGAGAUCCCGCUUCCCGGAUUCCGAUUCCAUCCGACGGACGAAGAGCUGGUGAGCUUUUACCUUCGUGGGAAAGUUGAGAAGAGAGGCAUCAGGCUUGGACUCAUCAAACAGAUGGAUAUUUACGAACACAACCCCUGGGAUCUUCCGUAUGGGAGCGGCAACGUGGGAGAUAAAGAGUGGUACUUUUACUGCAAGAGAGGGAGGAAGUACAAGAACAGUAUAAGGCCGAAUAGAGUAACUGGGUCCGGGUUUUGGAAGGCCACUGGCAUAGACAAGCCCGUGUAUUCCAACGGAGGCGAGGGCAGUGAGUGCAUUGGCCUCAAGAAAACGCUCGUUUACUAUCGUGGAAGUGCUGGAAAGGGCACCAAAACUUAUUGGAUGAUGCACGAGUUUCGCCUCCCACCUUCCAAUUCCUAUAACAUUGCUCAAGAAGCGGUAACACAUACUUCAAACUUCUUUUGCUUUUCCUUAAAAAAGAACUCUUUUUUAAUUUCCAUGAUUGUGUUUGUGUGCAUGCAAAAGGAAAUCUGGACACUGUGCCGGAUCUUCAAGAGGAAUAUGAGUUGCAGAAGGUAUGGAUCCAAUUGGAACAAACAAACACCGACCAAAAACCCCUUGACUGAUCAGAAGAACACGAAGCUGUGCAUUGAGCAGGGCAUGGGCAGUGGAGAAGUCAGUUAUAACAAUUGGAGCUGCGAGUCCAUGAUCAUCCAGAAUGAGCCGAAGGCAGUUGUUCCUAGUGACCCAAAUAAUCGUGAAGGGAUGAAUGAGAAUUAUCAAUAUUAUUACAGCAGCAGCUCCUCCAUGGCCCCAUCUCCAGUUUCCAGUGGCAUUAUUUCAGCUCCAAUAGCCUUCCCCACAAAUGAGCAGCUUGAUGUGAAUGAUUUCUUCACAAAUAGCAACUGGGAUGAGCUGAGAUCAGUGGUGGACAUGUUGUAGUUAAAAGUCCCCAAAUCAGAUGAGAUUUUCUUUCCUCUUCUCUUCAGUAAAUAUUUGGGAUUGGAUUAGAUUUGAUGAUCUUUAUUUAUGUUCCAUUAUUUGAGGGAUUUGAAUAUAUAGUACUCACGUUAGCAGGGUUGAUUCAUGUGCAUAUAAUAUAUAUCCCCUUGCUAUAUAUGAUGUAACCAUUUAGAUGUUACAUGGGUUUUUCUUGUAACAUUCUAUAUAGUGUUUAGAUGGAUCAUUUUUCCCCGGCUCUGUAGUAUUGAGUAUUUUGAGUAGAUUUUACAUGUUCUUGUUGUU